AUGACCCCUUUUCCAUGCCCGGUAACUCAGCUCAACGUGAACCCGGACUGCAAGGUCCCGGGCGUAUCCGCCGUGGCCACGGUCAACGGUGUCCGAACCAAGAUUGCGCCCGUCAUUGAAAAGGCAUCCCAGGGCCCCCCCAGCGCCAUGAUUCUCAAGCUCACCCAGAUGGGUCUCAACCUCACCACCGCCGACGGCGCCGAGAUCUGCAUCACGCUCAAACCCAACCGCGCUGGCCAGGGCUGCACCACACUGCAACAGCUCUGCGUGCCGCCGCCGGGCUACCCCAAUGGCACUUGCUCCGCCGCCCUCUUCGACACCCUGGAUGACUGCUGCCCCCUCAAAGAGGUCAACGUCAACCCCUGCAAGACCUGCGUCUACUUCUCUCUCACGCCGUACGGCUCCAUCAGCCGCCCCUACAGCUUCACCCCCAGCCAGUGCGCCAGUCUGGCGACCGUAGUGGCGAACGACAUGAAAAACCAGGCGGACGGCAACGACGCCGCCAUUUCUACAAACUUUUCAUUGGUGUCGUGCGAGGGAACCCAAGUCAAAAUCUGUGGCGAUUUCAUGUCGGAUGCGGACGGUGCCAAGCUCAAGCCCUUCAUCGACGACAUGGCAAUCUCGUGGCUGUCUCAGGUCGCUGGCAACCUGAGCUCUUCCUGCCCGGUGGCUCUCAGCAACUACACCGUUUCCGUGGCUGUGGGUGGCAACGGCACCGAUAUUGGAUCUCUGCCACCCAGCUGCCUGGACGCAGUAAAGUCCACAGCCUGCAAACCCAACCCCUUCCCCUUCCCUAAGUGUGUGUGCAAUAUCACACAGGGGGUAUCGCCCUUCGCACCGAGCGACCUCAUCACAGAACUACCGGGCCGUCGAUCCCGAUCCAUUCUGUACUGCUUCCUCUUUAAAGUGGUGGACGCCAUUCCGGGGCAAUUCUGCACCAACGCCACUACCUUCCAGAAGGUGGAGUUCUGGGCGAACGAGGCGGUGCGAACCAAGGUACUUGGCUUCAGCCUGAGGGCCGCGGGGGCAACUGAGUGGAAGAACAUCUCCACCUCUUGGGGCGGUAAGGGCGAGGAGACGCUCAAGGCCACGCCCAUCGGCUGGAACCUGGGCCAGGCCAACGGCGGGCAUGUUUGUGUCGAGGUUGAUCGCAGUGUGAGCCUGGAUACGCUGUGCCUGGGACCUACACCCAACACGUGCUGGAUCAACAUCUUCGAUCCUUCCAGAACGUGCUGCCCCCUGUACCCCACCUACUACACCCAAUAGUCUCGAUGCGGGUUCUGGAUGCGAUCUGAUGGACCUUUUGGCAACCGGAGAAUCGCCAUUACUAGUUGGCCAACCUUGCGUGGACACAGCAGUUCUGGACAGGGAUGGAGCAGUCAGAGUCGGAAAUAGAGGCUUGCAUGCGGGGUCGAUCGUGGACCGGCAUGAUGACUUGAAACGAUGACGUGGAGGCGGUUUGGGCGAGAGGUUUGUGGCCCGACAACCCAUCCGGGACGGGGCUUGGGCUUAGUUUUACCGGCCGCGAGAGAGGGAGGUCUGGUUGGGAAUCGUUGUUUAUGGAAAAACAUAUGAUCUGCUGCUGGUAUUUUUUAAUGUCACCGUUGUCCUGGCAUUCGAUGCCGCCCCUGCCGCCAUUGCACCUCGUGUGUGUGUGCGUAUGUGCGUAUGUGUGUGUGCGUAUGUGUGUGUGUGUGUGCGUGUGUGUGUGCGCGUAUGCGUGCGUGCGGGGGAAAGGGAACUGUUCGUAUACGUGUGUGUUUGUGUAUACUGUAUACAAUUGCCUGUUAUUCAAUUCGGCCUUGCACACACGAGCUUGUGAUUAGGUCACCCUUGGACCCGGGUGAUGGGCCCCGCCCCGCCCUGACCGCCCCUGCCCGGCCCGGAAAGGGAGGGACAGAGGGCAGGCUGAGAGGCAGGCUGAUGAGGGCAUUUUCCAGAAGGGCCGCCACCGUUCGGGACCUGAACAAGGCGCGGAUGCGGACCCACGGCCCCCUCAAAGAAGUGCACAUGCGCUGGGGCGAAUGGGGGACCGAUACCGUAGGUGGCCGAUGACCGAGUCUACUGCCGCCGUCUCUUACUUCAUCUUGCUCGCUUGUACUUGCACAUUUUCGUUCUACCUCGCUCGCAUCUCCGCCUUCACCGUACAGUGGACGACGCAGUGUUUGCCUAAUAUGCGUGCGGUGGCCCUCCGCUUCUCCACAUGUCGAGACAAUUGAACAUUAAAAAAAAAGACUGAUCGCAUUUUUUUGUUGGACCAGCUAGCAGGGGCCAAGCAGCGGACGGGGGCCUGCGUGCCGUGUAUGGCUUGAUGGGCUCCCCGGGGAAGAGCUCCCUGCGGCCCUCUUGCUGAAAGUGCUUUGGUGCUGCUGCUGCUGCUGCUAAAGUUAGUUUGGGGAGAAUGGCUACAUGUGUGUGUGUGUGUGUGUGUGUGUGUGUGUGUGUGUGCUCAGCAGGGCUGCGACGUGUGCUUGAUUAGGACGUUGAUCACUGCACUGGAACACACUGGAUUGGACGACGGGACCCGAGUAAGUAGGCCUUGGCUGGGCUGGGCUGGGCUGGGCGGGGCGGGGCGGGGCGGGGCGGGCUGCAACCUGGCGGCGUCUGACCGUGCACUGCACCUUAUCUUUUAUCGUAUAAAGGAAUGGCAUCAUGCCUUCUUUUUAAACAUGGGCGCCUUGUCGAGAAGCACAUGUGCUGGGCUAGGGCAACACCCCGGGGUCGUAUCCCUUGCUUCUUAAAAAGCACUGGCUUUGUCGUACAUAGACACAAGACGUCACUGUUAGAAUCAGCAAAGCGCCGGACGCCCUCAAGACGCACAUAUACAUGCACACAUGCACACCGGGAUAAAAGCUUUGUAUGCCUUGCAUCCUGUUAAGUCCUUUAAGUUCCGCGUGGCGUCGUGUAAAAUGAAGCUC